AAGGGCAGGGCGAGGAGAACGUGGUACGAGCAGGAUGAACUAAAUUUGUAUUUAAAAAAAAAAGAAAAAAAGAAACGGGGGCAGUCCAGAGGAAAAAACUUCCGAAGAAGUACUGAGCGCUAACAGAGACCGAUCGGUUGUACCCUUGCCCAGCCAGCCCUGCGCUGCCAACAGCUUCCAGGAUGAGUUUCCUUCUCUUUGCGGUCACAGCCCUCCAUGUUCUUAUCCUCAUCUUACUCUUCGUAGCCACUUUGGACAAGUCAUGGUGGGUUCUGCCUAACAGAGAAACAGUGAACAUCUGGAAUGAAUGUCUGAUGGAGCACCAGAACUGGACUUGUCAACCGGUGUCUGACAGUCAAUGGCUUCAUGGAGUCCAGGCAUUCAUGGUUUUAAGCCUUCUUUUUUCCAGUUUAGCUUUCAUUAUUUUCAUGUGGCAGCUCUACACGAUGAAGCGGGGAAGCCUGUUUUAUGCCACGGGAAUUUUCCAGAUAUUGACUGCUGUCUCAGUAUUCACAGCUGCCUUGAUCUACACUAUCCACGUGGAUACGUUCCAGCAGAACCGAAUGCCUGGUGGCUCUUAUGGUCAUUGUUUUGUGCUAGCCUGGCUUGCUUUUCCCUUGGCCCUUGUCAGUGGGAUCGUCUACAUCCACCUUCGGAAGAAAGAGUGACUUACCAUAGAGGAACUUCUCCGUUUAUCUUGGAAGGAGACUUUUGCUCCUUUCAAUUUAGCUACGCAUUCAUUCUUCACAGUUUUUGAAAGCACUGAUGGCACAAAAUUCUAUACAAUGGGUAACUUGAUCCGUGGGGGUUCUUGCAUUAUAAGUACAUGGUUUUUGUUUGCGUACAGGUAGUCCUCGACUUAUGACCACAACUGAGCCCCAAAUCUCAGUUGCUAAGCAAGACCAUUUUUAAGUGAGUGGUGGCCUGUUUCACAACCUUUUUGCUACAGCUGUUAAGUGAAUCAUUGCAGCUGUUAAAUGAACCAUGUGGUUGUUAAAGGAAUCUGGCUUUCCUCAUUGGUUUAGUUUUCCCGAAGUCAGCUGCGAAGCAUCCAAAUUUUGAUCACAUGACCAUGGGAAUGCUUUAGUGCAUGAAAACUAUUUUUCAGUACUGUUGUAACUUCAAACACAUCAGUAAAGGAAGGGUUGUAAGUCAAGGACUACCUGUAUUUUUAUAUGCCUCCCAUCUAUGGGAAGUUAAAGUUGUGCCAUCAUACACUGGGCAUUUCUUUAGUCUGAGAGGUUACCAUGAAUUAAAUACAUGAAUAUUUUGCUGGCAAAAUGAUAUGACAUCAUGCCAUUCUAUCGGCCUAUUCUCCUAAUAUCUAGAGAAAUGUUUGCUUCUUGUUUUUGUAAUUAUGUACAUGUAGAUUAUAGCCACUUUUUACUUUUGAAAAUGAGGGAACAAUAUAUUCCUCCUGUAGUGUUGUUGUUUUUUUAAAUGAAUAAUCUCCCUUUUUGAUAACCUGAAGUAUGGCAGGCAAUUCCCCCCCCCUUUUUUUUAAUAGAAACCAAUUUUUAUUUGAAAUAUGUAUUUUAAUGGGAAAAACAUGGAGAUGCAUUGGUAGUAUAGAUAUAAAAUAUAUCUUUUUUAAAGUUUUUGCAAAUGGAAGGCAAAUUGAAACAUAAUGUAAAAUAAUCUCGUGGGGGUUUAAAAAAACAUUUUAAAAUGAAGUUUAAAUAAGAAUCUGUUUCAUAACAUGUUAGUUUUAUUGCAGAUUUUUCUUUCUUUUCACGUUUGCCUCUUGGGACCCAAAAUACAGCGUUGAUAAAAUACCUAUUAAAUUGCAGUUGAAAAAAAUCAUUGAACUUUUAAAGUUUGAAGAAGAACAGGCCACAGGAAUCUGUGCUUGUUGCUUGUUCUGAAAAUUUUUUAGUAAUCUUUUAAAAAAUGUCCUCUUAUUAUUCUAAAAGUAGGAGUAUUUGUGGGGGAGGUCAAAAAAGUCAAGAUAGCAUAACUAUGCAACUGAUCCUGCCUUUUGUAUGCAACACAUAUACAAAAUCAGGGAGCUUCAGUUAUGCACUUGAUGUUGUCAGCCAUUUCUAAAUUUUUUACCUCUAUUCCCACAUAUUAGUUUCAUCCUAUUUUUGGAACGCUUCCCCUCCAGAAUAUUCUACAUAGGAAAAGUAGAUUGGGAAAAUAAUUGCUUUGAAAUAGAUUCGUGGGAUAAAAAGUUUAGUUGGUGGGAUAUUGGUUGUUCUGUAUCUAAAAUCUUUGCUACUAUUUCUUAACCUUCAGAUUUCUUUAUAGUAUAGGUAGUCUUCAUUUGGCAAGCAAAACUGGGACUGGCAACUCGGUCAUCAAGCAAAACAGUCGCUAAAUGAAAAACACUUGUGCUGCUUGUGAUCUUUCUUCAGCUUCCCUUUACUUUAAAGACCUGUAAAGAUCAUAAAUAUGAGAAUCGACUGCAGUUCUUUUUCAUCACCAUCACAACUGUGAAUAGUCACUAAAUGAGGCGGUCACUAAACAAGGACUACCUGUAACUUUAAGUAACUUCAUUCAGUGAGUUACAACCAAUUGUAACUCACUGUUCAGUGGAUGUACAUUGCCAGCAGUAUUUGUUCCCACUCAUACUCAAAUAUUUCAACUGUAUUUUUUCUAGCUUUUUCCAAAUGUAUCUCCCUUUAUUCUCAACCUACUGGCUGAAAAUUAUAGGGACUGUAGGCUGCAUAUCCAAAAAUCUGCAAUUUAAGGAAUGUUCACAGAAUUAUGAGGAAUGUUCACAAAAUUAUCCCUGUGUACCAUCUUUCUUCAACAGGUUGGCUUCUCCUCCAACUUGAUUGCUAGCCCCAAAAUUGAUGUUUUACAAAUGUCCCCUUUUUGUCUUCUUCCAAUGGCUUUUAUAUUUUAUAUGUAUUUUAGAAAUUAAAAAGCAAUGAAAAGACUUGA